AUGUGGUGGGUCGCGUCGAUCUACUUGAUAAUUUGCUGGUCUAUGCAAUUGCAUCUACUAGUGUUAUGUAAAAAGAUAUCCCAAAUACGGAGACAGUCAAGACCAAGAAGUGGGACCAGCAGUCAGCCAAACAGUAAUGUAAACAGCCCCAUUCUUCUAGUCAAAGAAAAAGAGGCUAGUAAAAGUAAGGAAUUGUGUAAUAAGAGUAUAAUUAUCAUCUAUAGCGACUUCAACUGCUACAACAAUCAGCAAGGAUCAAACAACAAGGAACGGAAAUCAUGGUUCGAAGAGAGUCCAUUCAAGCAAAGCCUCGAGUCAACCACAAUCACAACAAAAAGUGACCGCAGCCAGUAAAGGAACUAGUACUACUGUUAAGAGUAGUGAAGAUUCAAGGAAGUCGAAGAACAAGAAAGAGAAGACCGCCGGAUCCGAGAGAAAAUCUGUCAAAAAGGUAAUCGUAUAAUAAAACAUUAAUUGUUUCUAAAUCAUUUACAGAGAGGUUCCAAGGAUAAAAAGAAACAUAAGAAAUCAAAGAAAGGAAAGAGCCGGAAAGAAAUCGACAUCAACAAGUACAAAUUGGAAGAUGACGUCACUCUGGAUCCAGGAAUCGACAUAGAAGAACUGGAUGCCGAGAACGACUUCCCUAUAGCAGAAAAGUUUUCAUCUAACGAUACCGACCGUCAUGACCGGACUCCAGUCUUCGUUUCUGGUCGAGAGAACUCAGACAACACACCCAUAAAAAGUGAUAAACAAAGCUGUAGCUACCGAUAG